GAGGAACCUUUUCUUCCCCAAAUCCCGCCCUUUUUCUUCUCCAUGUGGAGAGAGAGAGAGAGAGAGGCGGAAGAGGAGGAGGCAGGCGGCGCUUUGCUGCUCAUUUCCUGAGGGGGGUGUGUUGGUGUGACUGUGUGAGAGUGUGUAUUGGGGGAAGAAGGGGCUCCAAAGGAAGGGGGAAGGCUGGGGAGCCUCCUCCCCCACCCAGCCACUCGCCCAGGCAGGGGUUUGAUUGUCGGACUGAGACCGGGGUUUGAAUCUCCUGUUGGAAUUUCCUGCUUCUGAGCCAGCUUUCAAGCAUUCCAAGCAUUCACUUCUCUUCCUUCUAAUUCUAAUCCUGCUCUUCAGAUACCCAGAUAUCCAAUUUCAAAACUUAGGUACCUGACUUCAAAAGAGAAACCACAGUGAUCACUGUACAAUCAGGAGAUGAUUGUUCAUAGGCUGAAAAUAAUUUCUGCUUCAAAAACCAAUGUCGAGUGACAACAACCACCUAUCUUCUCCCAUGGAAGCUGAAUCCAAAAUGACUGCUAAGCCUGGUGGACCAUCCACUUGGGUUCUCAGGUUCCCUUCACCAUUGGAACCAGGUGUCCAGAUCAAUGUUGAAAUGGAAGAGAAUUCACCUCCUGUUGGAACCAUUAAGGAAAUCUUAAAGCGCACACGGUCUCGGAAAGACCGGAUGGAUCUCAGUGGAACUAGCUUGACACCCCAGUGUUGGGAAGUCCGCCAACAGGUGCUCCUGCCCACUCCAAAGGAUGGGGAAGCUGGCAAUGAAAUAUCUGAGGAGAUUCUGGAGGAUGAUAUUGAGAUUUGUGUGGUCCCUUUUGAAAAUGGCUGUGACCCCAAAGAAGAGAGGGUGAAAAAAACUGAGGUGAUGGUUGGGCCCAAUUGCAUGAUUACUAUUGAAGAAGAAGAGGUUGACCUUAAAAAACUUGAUUCCCCAAAACCUGAGGUUGUGUUGGAAGAUGAAAUUGAGGCCUGUGUGGUAUGUUCUGAAGAAGAGAAUAACCCCCGGAAAGAAGAAACUCAAACUAUGGUCAAAGAUGUAGGUUGUAUUGGAGACUUUGUGGAAUCCCUUGAAGACACAGCCCACCCAAAAAUAGAAAAGGCCACUCAAACUGACAUUAUGGAGGAGAACAUCUCUAAGGUCUGUGAGGUCUGUGCCCAGAAAGCAGCUGACUCAAAAGAAGAGGACUUGACACAACUUGAGGAGAAUAACCAGAUUAGUGUGUCUUCCUCGCAAAAGACCAAAGAUUCUAAAGGAGAAGAAGCAGCACGACUUGAGAAAGAACCACGAGAGCCUUAUAAGAACCCAGAUGCUGGAGAGAAAGGAGAUGAUGGAAAAGCUGAGCCAACCAUCUUGGAAGGGGGAAUUGUAAUGGAGACUGCUCGCCAGGGCUUCAGGUGGUUUCGCUACCAAGAAGCUGAGGGCCCACAAAAUGCUUACAGGCAACUUCAGGAACUUUGCCAUCUCUGGCUGAAGCCAGAGAGCCGUACCAAGGAACAGAUUCUUGAGCUGCUGGUCCUAGAGCAAUUUUUGGCCAUUUUGCCUCAAGAAAUACAGACCUGGUUAUGGCAGCAGCACCCAGAGACAUGCACUCAGGCUGUUGACCUGGUAGAAAAUUUCCUGACAGGACUUUCUUUGCUUGAGAGACAUGGGGCGAAGGCACUAGUGACUUUUGAAGAGGUGGCUAUGUAUUUCUCUAAAGAACAGUGGUGUCUCCUGGAUGAAACUCAGAGGAAGAUCUACCGGGACAUCAUGCUUGAGAAUUAUGAGAAUGUCAAGUCACUAGGAUUUCCAGUUCACAAGCCAGACCUGAUCUUCAGGAUGGAGAAUAGUAGUAACCAGGACUUGAGUUUACAAGACUCUGAGGAUUCUGCAGAAAGGCCACCAAUGGGAGUUGUAGCUGAGCUCUUGAGUGACUGUGAGAAGCUGACAACCUGGAAGAAAGAGGAAGCUACAGACAAGCUACCUCCAGUGCCGAGAUCGAAAAGCCCCCUUAAAGGCUGGGAGGCCACUGCCAUAAGUAGCCCUCCCAGCAAAGAAGGGAAUACGCUCCGCUGGCAUCGGACUGAACCACGUUUUGGGUGUCCUGACUGUGAGAAGACCUUCCCCUGGCAGUCGGCCUUGGCUCGGCACCAGCUUUCACACUCUGGGGAGAAGCAUUACCGCUGCUCAGACUGCCCAAAGACCUUUGCCCAGCGCUCCAAGCUAGCCCGGCACAGGCGCCUCCAUAAGAAGGAGGUCCCCUGUGAGUGCCUGGAAUGUGGCAAGCGCUUCUGUGACCGCUAUAAGCUUGCCCGCCACCAGAAGAUCCACGCUGAUGAGCGACCUUACAGCUGUGACAUUUGUGGCCGUGGUUUCUGCAUCAGCUCUAACCUGCAGCAGCAUCGGCGGGUGCAUACAGGCGAGCGCCCCCAUGAGUGCUCGGAGUGCGGAAGGCACUUCAGUCGCCGCUCCAAUCUCGUCCAGCACCUCCGGGUUCACCAGCCACAGUGGCAGCAGCAGCAGGAGGAGGAGGAAGGUAGGCAGGGCACGAGACUCCUCCCAGGAGACUCUGAGUUUGGAACAGGCUCUGAUCUGUGUGAGGAAGAGUGGGAAUAUGAGUGGAUUGCAGACACCCAGGAUAGUGAACAGAUGGCUGAGCUCCCUGUGGAAAAGGGUGAGGAGAAGACAGUUGAGCCCCCUGUGGAAAAUGGUGGGGAUGAGCCAAUUUCAGAGCUCCGCACCAUGAACCAGGAAGACGAGGAGAUCCUACAGCUCUGUGUAGGAGGUUAUGACCAUGGGUGGACUACGGAAAUCAGUGGCAAGCAGGGUGAUAUGGCACUCCAGGUUGGAAACCACGAACAACAACAGAGUUUGGGGCUAUGCACUGGGAACCCUGAGAGUGAAGAGAUCAUGGAGCUCCGUUUAGGGGAUGGAGACGAACAGGGGUGGAAUGAGGAAUUGGAUGGUGAGGAUGAUGACUGCUUAGUGGUUAGUGACAGAGGGUUACUCCAGCCUGACAAUCAGAAAAGUUGUCCCAGUCCGAAUCCCCCCUCCAAUCAGACGCUCAUACCACGAACUGAGGUCCCGCAGAGCUCCGAUUGUGGACGGAUGUUUACCCGCUACUCCAGCUUCUCCCGACACCAGCAAAUCCAUGCCACGGAGCACCCCCAUGAGGGCCGGGAGUACCAGUCCUUCAUCUUGCCCAGUCUGCUGUCCCAGCUCCAACACUCCCAUACAUCUGGGAAGCCCCACCCAUGCCCUAACUGCCCCAAAAGCUUCAGCCACCGUUCCAAAUUACUGCGCCAUCAGCGCAUCCACACAGGUGAGCGCCCUUUCCAGUGUAAUGACUGUGGGAAAAGCUACAGCGACAAUUCGACCCUCCUCCGACACCAGCGUGUCCACAGAAAUCCCCAGUCUUUGGGAUCUGUCCCUGUGCAGGAACAUAACUCUCCUUCAUCUCCCCAGAUCGUGUGGUGCUGAUGUUAUAAAUCUCCUUUUUUAUGUGAGAAUUCAUUGAGAAAGCCAGCUGCUGAGAAUACUUGCUGUGGACUAAUUACAUUUUCAUGUGCUGGUUUAACAGUUCAUUGUUGCAACUGCAAUUUUGUGGUGCUGGGGUAGUUUGUUUUUAUUGCAGUUUUGGAAAAGUUUGGAGUCAUUUUGAGGAGUGACCAGAGUUAUAUUUGAAAAACGUGUCAAAGGGGGAUGGGGUAGCCAACCUGGAAAUCCAAAUGCCUCUACUAGCCAGGGUUUGUGGUUUUUCCUAUUACCGGGUUUCAUGGCCGAAUGGGAUCUCCAGAGUCAUAGUCCAUCACUCAAACCACUACACUCACUUUUACAACUCCUGAAAUCCCCAAACCCACACCCCAAUUCAAUUGAAAUUCUUAAAGUUUCAGGGUGAUUUUUAAAAGAGUGGUCUAGAGAUCCAGCAUGUCAUAGUGGUUUGAGUGUUGGCCCGUGACUCUGGAGACCAGGGUUCAAUUCCCAGCUUGGCCAUGAAACCCACUGGGUGACUUUGGAAAAAUCACACUCUCUCAGCCUCAGGGGAAGGCAAUGACAAACCUUCCGUGAAGAAAUAUUGCCAAGAAAAAGGCCUGAUAGGUUCAACCUUAGGGUUGCCGUAAGUCAGAAACGACUGGAAGGCAUACAACAACAACAAAGAUACUUGGAAUCACCACAAAACAUGAUGGUUGUUUCCUGGCUUCCCCAAAGUGAACUCCCAAGCACUCAGUAAUGCAAAACCAUCAAAUAUUAAGCCGAAAAGAAACCGGGAAGUGACACAGUGUUGUUUCUGGUUUUGUUUUUGAUGGGUCAAUAUGGAUGUCAUGACAAUUGCAAUUGGCCACCCCCUUGCAUAAAUGACUCUGCAAUCAUUAACACUUUUUGUGUGAGACACUUCUCUCUCUGGACUGUUCCAUAUCAGGUUACAAGUGGAUGGCUGGAUGGAUGAAUGCUAAUAUAUGAAGAAAAGCAAAUUGCAGCAUUCAGAAUAAUCUAGCAUGUUGUGGAAGCCUGGUUUUGAACUGUUCCUUACACAUGCCAAAGAAUAGUACCUUUUUCUCUGCACAGAGAAUUGAAUGGAAAAGCAUUCAGCUCUUUCUAGCGGUGCAGUGUAGAAACAGAUUUAUCUCCUAAUUUCAUUUUGUGUGAACUAGGCCUUCUAUAGUUUCAGGGUUCAAAAUGGAAAUAAUGGCGCGAUACAGACUGCCCAAAAUGGGCGGUCUGCUUGCGCCUUCAUUUGCUGCGUGGAGGAGCCUCAGCGGCCAAACUGCGAGGCUCCUCCGUGCCGCAAAAAAGAA